GAUACAGAGCCACCUCUUUGAAAGAAUGCCCCGUCUCUUUUAUUCAGUGAUUUAAAAAAGGUUAAUGUGAUUUUUGAAUGGGAAAAUGUCUUUAUGACCAAGGGUUUUGAUGUCAGACUUAGGAACGUAAUACUGGUUUUAGCAUAGCUACUUUUAUUUUGAAAUUUUUACAGUCCUUUGCUACUGUAGCCCACUUCACGCCGCAAUUGUCGUCGACGGAGAGUGCUUAACACGUGCAAACUGAACACACGGGAGAUCAAACAGAAACCAUGACUGAGGAUUGUGGCACCAAUGGGGCUGUUAAAAACACAGAAAUAACUGAUAAUGAGAAAGGCACAGCUGCAGUCAAGGCAAAAUAUCUCACAACUAAGGAGAAAUUUCAUGAGAUGGUGGACUCUGGAGGGCAGAGCUCUGAUGAUGUGGGACAGUCUGAAGACAGUAUAGAGCCAGUCCAAAAGAAGAUCAAACUGGAGGAUGUGGCACACAGAGAAGACAGACCCGCCAGAAAGAAAGAAAGGGGGCAGUUCAAGUCCAGGCCUCAUAUGAAACCGCAGAUGUACAAUGAGAAUAAACUUUGUCCCUCAAUAGUGCAGGAGCGCGAGACCAAAUGCUUCUAUGGAGACAGAUGUAAAUUUCUCCAUAACAUUUCUGAGUAUAUGGAAUUGAAGCCUGCAGAUAUCGGGGAACGCUGUUACUUGUUUGACAGUUUUGGGAAGUGUCGCUAUGGUGUGGCAUGCAGGUAUGCCAAAGCGCAUACUAGCGAGGAUUUUCAGAACUUAGUAAAUGACGAUUUGUGGAGUGUUAAUAAGGACAAAGCGAUGGUGAAAAACAACUUGGACAAAGAACUUCAGAGGCAGCUACGCAAGAGGCAGGUCUGUUUCAAAGCCUCGGAGGAGUACCUGAGGACGCUCUCCAAAGCCAGCAAUCAAGGCAGAGCCACAAAAGCAGCCACUGAGAACAAGUUACAACAGCCAUGCUGCGCAGCAGAGAGCACCCAGUCAGAGCCCCUCUCAGAGGCAGAGAAGACGGGAGUGGAAGAGGGCAUUGCUGGAAAGGAAACCUCUUCUGUAACGCCCUCGCUUCCAAAUUCUUCUGGAGAGCCACAGCAACAUUUGGUGGAGGCGGAGCCUGUUAAGACGAUCGGCGCUUUGACUGAUAUCGACAUUGUAAAACUUCGCUCUUGUGAAAAGAAGCAAGUGGACUUCAAAGAUAAAUUGUACCUUGCACCCUUAACAACCUGUGGAAACUUGCCUUUCCGUCGCAUAUGCAAACGCUUUGGAGCGGACAUCACCUGUGGGGAAAUGGCCAUGUGCACCAAUCUGCUGCAGGGCCAAUCUUCAGAAUGGGCCUUGCUGAAAAGGCAUGAAAGUGAGGACUUCUUCGGUGUCCAGCUUGAAGGUUGCUUUCCAGACACCAUGACAAGGUGUGCAGAACUGCUCAACAAAAACAUUGAAGUAGACUUUGUGGAUAUCAACUCUGGCUGUCCCAUUGACCUUGUUUACAAAAAGGGUGGUGGUUGUGGACUGAUGUCUCGCACAAGAAAAUUUGAACAGAUAAUCAAAGGAAUGAACUCGGUGCUGGAUGUCCCUCUGACCGUCAAAAUCCGAACUGGUGUUCAAGACAAAGUCAAUAUUGCACACAAACUCAUCCCAGAGAUGAAGAAUUGGGGUGUGUCCCUGAUUACACUUCAUGGGAGAUCUCGAGAGCAGCGCUACACAAAGUUAGCCGAUUGGGACUACAUUGACACCUGCUCUAAACUGGCCAGUCCUGUCCCACUCUUUGGAAAUGGGGAUAUUCUGUCUUACGAGGAUGCAAUGAAAGCCAGGGAAUCAGGAGUGUCUGGAAUCAUGUUAGCAAGAGGUGCUCUGAUUAAGCCAUGGAUUUUCACUGAAAUAAAAGAACAGAGGCAUUGGGACAUAUCCUCUGGUGAACGCUUGGACAUCCUUAAGGAUUUCACACACUUUGGCUUGGAGCACUGGGGCUCUGAUACCCAGGGCAUAGAGAAAACAAGACUGUUCAUGCUGGAAUGGCUGUCUUUCAUGUGCAGAUAUAUCCCAGUUGGCCUGCUAGAGCGGGUUCCACAGAAAAUUAAUGAGCGACCCCCUUAUUAUAUUGGGAGGGAUUAUCUGGAGUCUCUGAUGGCAAGCCAGCAUGUUGGUGACUGGAUCAGAAUCAGUGAAAUGCUGCUGGGACCAGUGCCUCAUAAUUUUGUUUUUCUGCCAAAACACAAAGCCAAUGCAUACAAAUGAAUAGUUAAACAAAAUGUAAUGCUGCUGAACUUUCUUUAAAAUGUAUUGCAUUUCUGUACUGAUGGAUUAAUUUUCAUUGAAAUUUCAGGAAAAUAAAGUCUUUAGCAGGGCUUGUAGAAAUAGCCAAACUGGUAACUUACUCAGAAUGAUUUUAAUGAUUCAGUGUUUGACCAUUUCAAUUAAGUUGGUUUGCAAAAUAUGUUGUUUGUUUAUUUUAGCUGCAAUAAAGCCACAAACAUUUUUCUUUUUUUUGCCUUUUUCUUCGUAGUGAUAACUUAAUUACUGUAAACACCUAUCUUUUUACAUUUAUAUAUGUCAGUAACAAAUUCUCAAUUCAUUGACUUAAAACAUAAUUCAUCUUUUCCAGCUUAUACACUUUUUUUUAAAAACAGUUUUGGAGUGUAGCACUUCAUUAGUUUAGUUUAUUUUUAUAAUUUUUGUUUCAAUAAAGUCAGUAUUGUAAA